AUGGGGGACGGACCAGGUCUAGCAAUCCAGGACGUCAAAACAUUGGACGUUUCCAAGCUUACUCCCCUCACCCCAGAGGUAAUCAGCCGACAGGCUACUAUGAAUAUCGGGACGAUCGGUCAUGUGGCCCAUGGCAAAACAACGGUAGUAAGAGCAAUUUCCACGGUCCACACAAUUCGACAUAAGAAUGAGCUCAUUCGAAACAUAACUAUAAAGUUGGGCUAUGCAAAUGCGAAGAUCUACAAAUGUGAUAGUCCUGAUUGUCCACCGCCUGGGUGCUAUCACUCUUUCGGAAGCGCCAGUCCCGACAUUAUAGACUGCCCUCGUGAGGAUUGCAGGGGAAAACUGCGCUUAAUGAGACAUAUAUCGUUUGUUGACUGCCCUGGUCACGACAUUCUUAUGGCAACUAUGUUGAAUGGUGCUGCUGUUAUGGAUGCUGCAAUUCUUCUGAUUGCGAGUAACGAACCCUGCCCGCAGCCUCAGACCAGUGAACACUUAGCUGCUGUCGAAAUUAUGCAUCUUGACACUAUUCUUAUUCUUCAGAAUAAGAUUGACUUAGUCAAGGAAGCUGCUGCUCGUGACCAGUACGAUCAGAUAGCCACCUUCAUCAAGGGAACGGUUGCCGAGAGCGCUCCAAUAAUCCCGAUUUCGGCUCAGCUCAAGUACAACAUCGAUGUUGUGUGCGACUACAUUGUAAACAGCAUUCCCAUUCCUGUGCGAGACUUCACUUCGGAUCCACGUUUAAUCGUUAUUCGAUCAUUUGAUGUGAACAAACCUGGUUGUGAGGUGGACCAGCUGCGUGGAGGAGUCGCCGGCGGCAGUGUUCUGCGUGGUGUUCUCAAGGUUGGCCAAGAAAUUGAGAUUCGACCUGGCCUAGUGUCGCAGAAGGACGAGUCGGGUCAAGUGAGCUGCCGUCCUAUCCGUUCGUGUAUUCUCUCUUUGUUGGCAGAGCAGAAUGAUCUGGCUUAUGCCGUGCCUGGUGGUCUCAUUGGCGUAGGGACCAAAAUUGAUCCGCAGCUCUGCCGCGCCGAUCGUCUGGUCGGUCAUGUCCUUGGUGCUGUCGGCACAUUGCCUGAAAUAUACGUAGAAUUAGAAAUCUCCUUCUACCUCCUCCGGCGUCUUCUUGGUGUUCGAACUGAGGGCGAUCGAAAGGGCGCCAAAGUUCAAAAACUGACUAAGCGUGAAAUGCUCAUGGUGAAUAUUGGCUCUCUCUCCAGUGGUGGUCACGUUGUUGCAGUGAAAGGAGAUUUGGCGAAGAUUGCGCUCAACACUCCGGUUUGCACUGAAGUCAAUGAGAAGGUGGCUCUCAGUCGUCGUGUUGAGAAACACUGGAGGUUGAUCGGCUGGGGCAAGAUCCGCCGUGGUGUGACAAUUACACCCAAGACCUAG